UUUAUUUUUUGGGGUACGUUAUUCCGGGAUACCCCGUCAUUAAUUGAGGUGUUACUAGGGUUUUAUGUCGCUCAUAAGAACCGUGAAAGUUUUCUUCGGUUGCACAAUUAUGAUACCGUCGGUGAUUUGAAAAGUGAGAUUUUUAAAAAACUGAAUGUGCCUCCUACGAGACAAAUCAUCGAUUGUUGGUCCACAAAUCCGGAGAGUGAUAAUGAUAUUUUAGGUGCCUGUUGUGAUUAUCACACAAAUUAUUUAGUUUUGUAUGACUCAAUUGAUUUACGUGAAGACGACAUAGUAAUGACGGAAGAAACAAUAAAUAAUUUCAAAGAAUUAGAGCAUUUAGCUGCGAUUGAGUUUAUUGAUUAUUUUUCAACUAAUUUUGACGAUAAAGGAAUAACGUUCCAUGCGUGUUGUCUGGAAGAUGCCAUAAGAGAAGCUUGUUUCACGUCUAUAGAAAAGCGAAAUGUCUUACUACUUUACCUCCACAAUAAAAAUGACACUUUUGCAAAAAUAUUUUCUGAAAAUUUAGUCACACCGGAGGUGAAGGAUGUAAUAAGUAAACGAUUUUUCCUUCUUGGUUGGAAUUUAGAAGAAGAAAGCUACCAUGAAGCGUUAAUUGAAGCUUUAAGUAAUCGCAGUGAAUUAUCAGCUCUUGUGAAUUUCGUAAAAUCGAAGACUUGCGCGGCCUUACUAAUAGUGCCUAUCAAAAAUUCUUUCACUUUAUUUUCAUGUAUGAAAAAUAAAGUGUCAAAGAAAGAUUUUUUGGAAACUUUAAAACGAGCUAAAGAGUUCCUAGUCACAGAAAAUGAUAUUGAGAAGGAUCUUGAGAAAAUCGAAGACUCUGUGAACGAUUUUGGUUCAGUAAAUUAUCAACAACUCAUGUUGGAUGGCCUUGGAGACCGUGAUUACGACAAUUACGACCAUUUCGAAAUCCAUUUAUUAAAACAGAAAAUUGGUUAUGCUUUAUUUGGACCUCCUGUUGAAGAAAACGGUUAUGACAAGAAACAAAUGAAAAAAAUUAAUUCCUUAAGCGAAGUUAUUGUAAACCAAAACAAUCGUUUCGCAAAAUGGACAGACAGAGUUAUACUCUCCAUAAUUUACAACUGUACUGAACCCCUUCCAAGUGUUAAACAAAAACGUAAGAAAAAUACGAAAUACGAAGAUUACAACCCCAACACCGACCUCACUCCCGUUCCAAUUUUCAUCCUACGAAAAUGCAAAAACAGCGACAAUCCCUGUCGCGUUAUAAUCGACGACGGUGGUCGGGUCUACAGAACCUGGAACUCCUACUUGACGGAAAACAAAUUGCCUGAAUGUGAAAUGAUUCUUCCACUCAAUGGCCGUUAUCAAGCCGACGAACGUGGCAGAGUUAUUCUCGAGCGUCACCUAUCACCUGUCUGCGGCGUAGGCUCGAAGAUUCUUCAAGGUACUGACAUAGCAAACACGGCCGCAGGAAUUAUUUCAGGAGGGAUUUUUAUCGCUGCUGCUAUUCCGGCCAUCACUGUAGCCCCUGUAGCUUUGGUGGCGGCAGGAGCCACGGGACUAGGCGUGGGGCUGUAUUCCUUGGGUCGCAGCGCCUACACACUUUACGACAGAAAGGCACAUAAGGAGACUAUAAGUUUUGCUAAUUCAGAAGCCAGAGGAGCGUACUUAAACAUCGUGGCAGGUUCUUUGGGAUUUGUGGGGGCAGGAGCCAACAUCGCAAUCAGUCAACUUGCCGCCAAGGGUUUCAACAUUGGCCAGGGGGCCACAGUGACCGUCAACAUGAUAAACGUGGCAAAUAUUGGUGCUAGUGGCAUCAGCGUUGCCAAUUCAGGUUAUGAUGUCUUCGACCAGUGGUGGAGCGAGAACCAGACGCCAUCUAUGUUGACGAUAAUUCAACUCAGUUCGUCGAUUCUGUUCUUCGGCCACGCUGUGUAUAAUUUCAAAUCGGUGGGGGCCAUGGUUGAAGAGUCUCAAGCGCGCACUUUGAAAGACUAUCAAGACUCUUUGCGCAGCAAUCGGCAUAGAAAGACUUUCAAUAAAAUGAUGAAAGAAACUAUAAGACAGAACAAUGGUAAUGUCCAAAAAGGUCAAGCCGAAGUGAUUAAAACCGUUAUCAAUAUCCCGAACAAGGAUGAAGUUUUUGCUACUUUGACCAGACUUAAUAAACAAAUGAAUAAAAACAACGUCAAAUUUUCGGCCAACAAUGGCGACAUUUUGUUAAAUGGCGUCAGUAUAGAUAUAGCGAAAUUCAAUACUAUGGAUUCGAAUGAAGUGGCGACAUUUUUAACAACUCUUCCUGCCACACCAGAGCCAUCUCCAGACCAAAUCCAAGCGAUGAGCUCUAAACUACAACUCUCUUUCCGUAAAGUGAACAAGCAAGAAAUCGCCGGUUUGGCCAUUAAAAUUUUGCGGAUGUUUAGUAAAACCGACGAAAAUAUCAAAGAGAAAAUAAUCAACGCUGUUGCGGCCGUUAUUUCGAGGUUGAUAAAGGAAACGCCAGGUUGCUUUGCCGAAUUCACUCGCAUGUUUCCCGGCCUGGACAAAUACCUAAGACUGGUGUCGAUGGUCAAUAGUCAUUUCCAACAACUGAUCGAUGCGAUGGAAGAACAGUACAAGAAGUGGUUGGCUACCAAAAAUCCAGAUAUUGAAGAACCGAUUUUUGUCAAAUUGGCGUUCGAUUAUUCGAGACGGGUUGUUCAAUUAUUUGAUUUUGUUACCAAAGCUUACUUUAUGGGAAACAAUAUUACCGAAGUCGGAUUAAGAGAAUUAAUUAAGUAUUUUUAUACCUGGUUUGCGAAACAAGCAAUCGAGUAUGAUGAAUAUAUGACGAGGAAACAGGAAAGAAGGAUUCACAGUGGAACGCCUAAAGUAGAAAUGCAGUGUCCUGAUUGUGGCGGAGUUUAUUAUCUAAUGAUAAUUAGAUAAAAUUAAUAUUUUGUCGGAGGCUUUUCAAAACACACAAAUCAAACAUAUCCAAAGAGUUAGAAUUUAUAGUGGUUACACCAUAUAACAUAUAGUGAUUGAAGAAUAUUUUUAGAAAUGAAUUUUGCAACGAGAUUUCCACUUUCAGAUAGGUGCUGUUAUCUAAAUGGAAAUUUAAGUUUUUCGUAAAAAAAUUAUUUGUUAUUUUUUAAAUGUAUUUAUUAAAUUGUGCACUAAAUAAAUGUUAAUUCUUUUAAA